AUGUUCAUAUUAUCACCCAGCCUCAUAUCUGGAGCCGCUGCUCUGUUCCUUGUUGCCUAUAUCAUCACCCGCCUGAGUUCGGCGACAGCAAAGAUCCCCGGCCCAUUUGUGUCAAACUUCACCUCGCUCGUACUGAAAUGGCAAGAACUCAACGCUAACCGUACUGUGUAUAUCCAUGAGCUGCACAAGAGAUAUGGCCCAGUGGUCCGUGUUGCGCCUAACGAAGUCUCUUUUACUUCUAUUGCUGCUGUCAAAGAGAUUUAUGGCUCCGGUGGUAGUGGAUAUGACAAGACGGAAUUCUACAAUCUCUUUCAGGUCUAUGGAAAGCGAACCAUGUUCUCAACCUUGGUUAAAGGCGAUCACGCAAAACGAAGAAGAAUGAUUGGCGAUCGGUAUGCCAACAGCAACGUGAUGAAGGCAGCUCCUCUGGCCGGUAUUAAGGAACGAUCCAGCAAGUUCCUCCAGCAUUGCGUCGAGUCUCCCGAAAGAACGGCAGAUGUAUUUGAUGAGGAGAUGAUGCACCAAGUUGCCGCUGACGAUAGCUUGCAGAACCGACUGGUUCAAUAUUACAGCCCAGUUCUUCACAACCUCGGAUCAAAAGUUCUUGCCAGCUUUGCUAAGCCUCGAUCGAUUCCAUUGGCCGACAACUUUGUCAUUGAAAAUGCCCAACAGAAUGGAGCAGCGAGCUUUACCGUUCUUAAUCGAUUAAAGGAGAAAGACAGCGUUCUAGAUACUAUGGACAUGGCUGCCGAAUGUCUUGAUCACAUGGCUGCAGGCAUUGACACGACUGGUGAUGUUCUGUGCUUCUUGAUGUGGGAACUCUCUCAGCCUAGAUCGAUCAAGUAUCAACGUCUGUUGAGAGAAGAGUUCCUGAGAAAGACUGACAUGCCCUUUGACGAGCUGCCUAUGCUGGAUGCUGUAUUGAACGAGGGACUACGAUGCUUCCCUGCCAUCCCAAUGUCUCUACCACGAUAUGUUCCACAGGGUGGCCGUGUCAUUGACGGUUUCACUUUGGCCGAGAAGACAGUGGUUAGCUGCCAGGCCAUGUCAGUUCACCGAAUCAACGACGACGUUUUUCCUGAACCUGACAAGUUCCACCCGGAGAGAUGGUUGGCGGCCGAAGGAGAUGCCGACCGACGACGACAUCAGUGGGCCUUUUCAAGUGGAGGCAGGGGAUGCGUUGGAAAGCAUCUUGCCAUGGUGGAAAUGAAGACGCUGUUGCGGGAUGUCUAUUCACGAUACGAAACGGAGCCAGAUGAGUCGAUGAAGAGUGAAUCCAUGGUAAUGGAUGACCAACUGAUCUCGUCACGGCCCCUUGGAAAGCGAUGUCUCUUGAAGUUUGUGCCAGUCAAGGACUGA